GCGGUCUGACACUGGCAUGCGCACUGCAGCCUCAUGUCAAUUUGAGUCUUCUUGGGAGCUAGGCAGCAGUCACUAUCCAAGCUACAGCCCUCUCAGUUCCUGUUUCCGCCUGAGCAUUUCGUCCAAUUUUAUGCUAAAACAGCGCGGGACCCUCUGGCUGAAUAGCGUUAGACCUUGUGGAUCUAACUGUUUUGAGGGAUCUGAAAAGUCAAGCAAAGACACGCCACGCUGUUGACUACCUCCUGGACUCCUUAGCAGCUCAUCACAAAGGAAGGAGAGGAAGCAGGAAGUUGUAUGGAUACAGGAUGAAGGCGUGAGCCGGUAGCCCUGCCAGACGGAGAGACUCACAGGCCACCGGGAAGGGGAAGGGAAACGACGGAAGAGCUUGGGCGCGACGAUGACAUCGCAAUAGCCGCCAUCUUCCUCGGAAAAAAGCACCAUAAUGCAGUAACCCAGGGGAGCAGGAGACUCAACCGAGAACUUCUCCAGCGACCACCCAAUCGCCCUUCACCUCUCCACUCCCCCCACCCCCCCACGGCUGUUACAAUGCCCCUGGAGGUUUUGUGAAGGGAGCGCGCUGACGACCCCCCCCUCCCCCUUCCCUCCCCCCGACCCCUCCCCGCCCCUGCCGGGGACAGAAAGAUGCGCCCAUGGACGGGCUCCUGGCGAUGGAUCAUGCUGGUGUUGCUGGCCUGGGGCACCCUGCUCUUCUACAUCGGGGGCCACCUGGUUCGGGACAGCGAGCACCCCGACCGCUCCAGCAGGGAGCUCUCCAAGAUCCUGGCCAAGCUGGAGCGCCUGAAGCAGCAGAACGAGGACCUGCGGAGGAUGGCCGAGUCGCUGAGGGUGCCGGAAGGCCAGGUGGAGGUGGACCCCGCGGCAGCCGGCCGACUGCACAGCCUGGAGGAGCAGCUGAUCCAGGCCAAGGAGCAGAUCAACAGCAUCCAGAGACAGCCUGGAGAUGGUCCCGGGAAGAACCAGGAAGUCCUCCGCAGGAAGAUUGAGAAUGGCGUGAAGGAGCUUUGGUACUUUGUGCGCAGCGAGAUCAAAAAGCUGGGUCAAGUGGAGUCUGCAGUUCUGCAGAGGCACAUCGACAGCCUGCUGCAGGACCUGGGACACCAGCAGAGGUCCAUCAUGACGGACCUGUACUACCUCAGCCAGGCCGACGGCGCCGGGGAGUGGAGGGAGAAAGAGGCCAAAGACCUGUCUGAGCUUGUGCAGAACCGAAUCACCUACCUACAGAACCCGAAGGACUGCAGCAAGGCCCAGAAGCUGGUGUGCAACAUCAACAAGGGCUGCGGCUACGGGUGCCAGCUGCACCACGUGGUCUACUGCUUCAUGAUCGCCUACGGCACGCGCCGUACCCUUAUCCUGGAGUCGCAGAACUGGCGCUACGCCACGGGGGGCUGGGAGACCGUUUUCCGGCCUGUGAGCGAGACCUGUUCCGACCGCUCCGGGGCCUCCACUGGACACUGGUCAGGAGAGGCCAACGACCGUAACGUCCAGGUAGUGGAGUUGCCAAUAGUGGACAGCUUGCACCCCCGGCCCCCGUACCUGCCCCUGGCCAUCCCCGAGGACCUGGCGGACCGCCUGCACCGUCUCCACGGCGACCCGUCCGUCUGGUGGGUCUCGCAGUUCGUCAAGUACCUGAUCCGCCCCCAGGCCUGGCUGGAGAAGGAGAUCCAGGAGACGACGGCCAAGCUGGGCUUCAAGCACCCCAUCAUCGGGGUGCAUGUGCGGCGGACAGACAAGGUGGGGACCGAGGCAGCGUUCCACCCCAUAGAGGAGUACAUGGUUCAUGUGGAGGACCACUUCCAGCACCUGGCCCGUCGCAUGCACGUGGACAAGAAACGGGUCUACCUGGCCACCGACGACCCUGCCCUGCUGCAGGAGGCCAAAGCCAAGUACCAGGAUUACGAGUUCAUCAGCGAUAACUCCAUCUCGUGGUCAGCUGGCCUGCACAACCGCUACACAGAAAACUCGCUGAGGGGCGUGAUCCUGGACAUCCACUUCCUCUCGCAAACCAACUUCCUGGUCUGCACCUUCUCCUCACAGGUAUGUCGAGUGGCCUACGAGAUCAUGCAGACGCUCCACCCGGACGCCUCGUCCUACUUCCACUCGCUGGACGACAUCUACUACUUUGGCGGCCAGAACGCACACAACCAGAUAGCCAUAUACCCGCACCAGGCCCGAAACGGCGAGGACAUUCCCCUGGAGCCGGGCGACGUCAUCGGGGUGGCAGGGAACCACUGGGACGGCUACUCCAAGGGCAUCAACCGCAAGAUGGGCCGGACGGGCCUGUACCCCUCGUACAAAGUGAAGGAAAAAGUCGAGACUGUGAAGUACCCCACGUACCCCGAGGCGGACAAGCUCCUGCACCUAUAGGAUGCCGGGCGGAGGCCCGAACCUCGACCGGAGAACCGCCCAGCCGGUGGAGAGAGAGGAGGGGGACCGCGCUGCUUGUUACGUGUGUGUGUGAGUGCGCGUACGUGUGUCGGUGCGCACCCUCCAGGAGUACAGACUCUGAUACCCCGCUCUGCCCCACCAUGCUAAGCUCUCCUCUCUCACUAGGGCGGUCCAGCCCUAGCCACCGAUGACACUGGCCUUUUGUGGGGGAGGGGGGGUGGGAGCAUAAAAGAGAACAAAACAGAUUUUAAAAUGGAGGAAAUGAAUAGUAGCAACUGUCUGAUUCAAUGAAGGAAUUUCAAUCUCAGUUCUCUAUUUAAGGAAAAAAAAAAAGAGGAUAAAGCUAACGUGCUAAACUGUGAACAAAAGCGACUGGAAGUUCUCCUUUUCUCCCGGACUGUACUGUAAUCUCCACCCCCCACGCGCCCCGGCCAAAACAACUCUUUCUCACUUCCUUCCUGUCCCGUCACUCCAGAGUCCUCUCCGCCAACUCCGCAAUCCUUUCCUUCCUCUUGCUCUUAAUUUGCCAUUUCACAACGCCGCGUCGUGCUUUUCGACGACUGAUUUCAGUCGACUUUUGUUUUGUGCCGGUAGACCGUGCGCUUUUUAAGAGAGGGAGUCCCCAUUACGGUGCCUACAAGAGUGAAAGGGUUCAGCUCGAUGAGGGUGACGAGAGACACGGUUCACUCCUCUUCCAUGAGCACAAAGUAAAACUGCACUCCACAAACGUGUUUUAUUAUUGUUAUUAUUAUUAUUAUUAUGAUUAUGCUGUUUUGGUCUUGGUCAUUUUUUUAUUUGUGUUUUUUAUUUUUAAUAUUUUAACCUUAAUAUUUUAAUUUUAAGAUGGGGUAAAAAAAGGAACAUUUCAAAUUUAAGGUAAUGAUCACGAUAAUUUAAGAUAAUGCUAAUGAUAAUAAUAGUGUUAAUAAUUAAUAAUGAUGAUCCUCUCCACAAGCCAGGAAGAGAUUUUUUUUUUUUUUACAAUCCAUACGUCUCUGGGCAUUUACUUUUAAUCGCAAUCGAUCAAAUAAAUUGGAUAAACCUGAUGGCAUUUUGCGCUGUUUACCUGUAUGGCUUUCACAUUUCAGUCAUGUGGCACAAUUGAAGACCCUGCCCUGACCCCCCUCUCCACCUCCCUGUCCACCAUUUGUAGUUCCUCCAUGUUUCACUUCCUGUCUGUGGGAUGGCUGGCAUUGAGAGGAAGUCAUAUACUUCAUUUCCCAGAAUGCCGCACAGAAGCGCUGUGAGACCAGAACCUCAUGGCAAGGCUGCAGCCAGUUUUAUCUCCCAAAAAUUGCACUGAAUGCCCUGUCUGUACCACGUGUCUUAAUGUUGUUGUUCUCAUGAUGUUCUGCCAUCUCCGAGUGUCUGAACUGGUUGUAUUAAUGCUUAUUAUAUAGAAUAUAGAAUGGCUAGAUGAAGCAUUAGAAAAAAGGUGACUGACUUCUCCAUUUGUUACUUUUUUCAACUGUAAAAAAAAAAAAAAAUGUAAAAUUCAAAUGACACUGCAAAUGCUAAAUUUUCCUUUCUCAAACGCAUCCCACCCUCCAAAAAAUGGUUCACUGAAGAGUCUCAUAAAAUAAAAGCAAGGCCCCCGGGGCCUUCGAAAUAACAGGAGGGCUCUCGUUUCAGAUUUCAUUAAAGCACACGAAACCAAUAUGGCAUGCCUUUAGCAGCCAUUUAAAUGCAACAGCGGUUCAGUCAGUUAUUCUGUUUACUGGCCGUUGAGCAGUGUUUCCGGAACAGAAUAAAUACAGUACAUGCCUCA